AUGUCAAGGGGUUUGGCUAAGCAGGCUCAUUGCAGACCUGACAGGAAGAGAAUCGUGGGCAGGGGCGGAGACUGCACGCCACUGCGUCAUGACCGCGUCCAGGGGGCUGACUCCACCACGGCGUGCACGCCGUGCAUGUCGCAUGGGCGUCCGCAAAUGACGGCGCACCGUGCAGCUGCUCCAGCGCCGCAACCUCGUCGCCGAGACGCUGCACCCGUCGCGGGUGAAGCUCUUCGCGCCGGCGCGCACGUGGGUGCGCCGCGUGCUCGUCGAGAAGCUCGGGGACUCGGGGAGCCCGGGCCUGACGCUACGCCGCCCCGCGUCGUGGAGACGUUCCAGUACGCUAUGUUCUGCCUCCUCGUGCUUAUGUGCUUUGGCGAGCGCCUCGACGAGCCCGCGCACCUCUUCCGCGCGCGGCUCGACAAAGCGCUGGCGCUGCGGCGGCGCGUCAAGGAGCUCCUUCUUCCGCUUAUCAACGCGCGUCGGGAAUACAAGAAGCGGGAGGCGAGCCGAAAGGGGAAACCACGUUCGAGCACUCGUACGUGGACACCAUGCUCGACAUCAAGCUUGAAGAGGACGGCGAACGCCCGCUCACAGAUGAUGAGAUUAUCCGCCUAUGCUGCGAGUUCCUCAACGCCGGCACGGACACCACGUCGACAGGGCUCCAGUACGUGGGUCAUGGCCGAGCUUGUCAAAAACCCAGCCAUCCAGGAGAAGCUCUACAACGAGGUCAAGGCCGCCACGGACGACGACAAGGAAGAGGUCUCAGAGGAGGACGUCCACAAGAUGCCAUACCUCAAGGCGGUGAUCCUCGAGGCCCUCCGGAAGCACCCGCCGGGCCACUUCGUGCUGCUUCACAAGGCGGCGGAAGACAUGGAUAUUGGUGGGUACCUGAUCCCCCAGGGCACAACGGUGAACUUCAUGGUCGCUGAGAUGGGCCGGGACGAGCAGGAAUGGAAGAACCCGAUGCAGUUCUCGCCGGAGCGGUUCCUCCCCGGCGGAGACGGCGAGGGCGUGGACGUGACGGGCACCAAGGCGAUCAGGAUGAUGCCGUUCAGCGUGGGCCGGAGGAUCUGUGCUGGGCUUGGCAUCGCCAUGCUGCACCUGGAGUACUUCGUUGCCAACAUGGUGCUGGAGUACGAGUGGAAGGAGGUGCCCGGCGACGAGGUGGACUUCGCCGAGAAGAACGAGUUCACUGUCGUCAUGAAGAAGCCGCUACGCCCGCUCCUUGUGCUUAGGAGGUCUCAUUUGAACUAG